CCUGGCUUGGAGAGCGAUGAUUGGCCGAGUUCUAGGACGAGGCGGAGCGAAAGGGGGCGCGUCAAGUCCCUCCCGGCGCAGCGAAACCUUAGCUCGCGAGAUUUUGUUGGUUCCGCAUUUCGGGUCUGCGAGGUGGGGUAGGCGGGCAAAGCGGGCGCCGAGGUUUGCAAGGGCUCGCAGCGGCCAGAAACCCGGCUCCGAGCGGCGGCGGCCCGGCUUCCGCUGCCCGUGAGCUAAGGACGGUCCGCUCCCUCUCGCCAGCUCCGAAUCCUGAUCCAGGCGGGGGCCAGAGGCCCCUCGCCUCCCCUCUGAGGACCGAAGAUGAGCUUCCUCUUCAGCAGCCGCUCUUCUAAAACAUUCAAACCAAAGAAGAAUAUCCCUGAAGGAUCUCAUCAGUAUGAACUCUUAAAACAUGCAGAAGCAACUCUAGGAAGUGGGAAUCUGAGACAAGCUGUUAUGUUGCCUGAGGGAGAGGAUCUCAAUGAAUGGAUUGCUGUGAACACUGUGGAUUUCUUUAACCAGAUCAACAUGUUAUAUGGAACUAUUACAGAAUUCUGCACUGAAGCAAGCUGUCCAGUCAUGUCUGCAGGUCCGAGAUAUGAAUAUCACUGGGCAGAUGGUACUAAUAUUAAAAAGCCAAUCAAAUGUUCUGCACCAAAAUACAUUGACUAUUUGAUGACUUGGGUUCAGGAUCAGCUUGAUGAUGAAACUCUUUUUCCUUCUAAGAUUGGUGUCCCAUUUCCCAAAAACUUUAUGUCUGUGGCAAAGACUAUUCUAAAGCGUCUGUUCAGGGUUUAUGCCCAUAUUUAUCACCAGCACUUUGAUUCUGUGAUGCAGCUGCAAGAGGAGGCCCACCUCAACACCUCCUUUAAGCACUUUAUUUUCUUUGUUCAGGAGUUUAAUCUGAUUGAUAGGCGUGAGCUGGCACCUCUUCAAGAAUUAAUAGAGAAACUUGGAUCAAAAGACAGAUAAAUGUUUCUUCUAGAACACAGUUACCCCCUUGCUUCAUCUAUUGCUAGAACUAUCUCAUUGCUAUCUGUUAUAGACUAGUGAUACAAACUUUAAGAAAACAGGAUAAAAAGAUACCCAUUGCCUGUGUCUACUGAUAAAAUUAUCCCAAAGGUAGGUUGGUGUGAUAGUUUCCGAGUAAGACCUUAAGGACACAGCCAAAUCUUAAGUACUGUGUGACCACUCUUGUUGUUAUCACAUAGUCAUACUUGGUUGUAAUAUGUGAUGGUUAACCUGUAGCUUAUACAUUUACUUAUUAUUCUUUUACUCAUUUACUCAGUCAUUUCUUUACAAGAAAAUGAUUGAAUCUGUUUUAGGUGACAGCAUAAUGGACAUUAAGAAUUUCCAUCAAUAAUUUAUGAAUAAGUUUCCAGAACAAAUUUCCUAAUAACACAAUCAGAUUGGUUUUAUUCUUUUAUUUUAUGAAUAAAAAAUGUAUUUUUCAGUAUCCUUGAGAUUUAGAACAUCUGUGUCACUUCAGAUAACAUUUUAGUUUCAAGAUUGUAUGGUAGUGUUUUUAUAGAUAAGAUACGUGUAUUUUUUCAAAAUUCAUGAUUGCAGUUUAAAUCAUCAUAUGACGUGUGGGUGGGAGCAACCAAAGUUAUUUUUACAGGGACUUUAUUUUUUGAUCUUUAUUUGAGAUUGUUUUCAUAUCUAUCUAAAUUAUUAGGAGUGUGUGUAUCAGAAGUAAUUUUUUAAUGUCUUCUAAGGAUGGUCUUCCAGGCUUUUAAACUGAAAAGCUUAAUUCAGAUAGUAGCUUUUGGCUGAGAAAAGGAAUCCAAAAUAUUAACAAAUUUAGAUCUCAAAACCACUAUUUUUAUUAUUUCAUUAUUUUUCAGAGGCUUUAAAAUUCUGGAUAAGAGAAUGGAGGAAAAUACUCAGAGUACUUGAUUAUUUUAUUUCCUUUUAUUAAAAAAUUACUUCUAUGUUUUUAUUGUCUCUUGAGCCUUAGUUAAGAGUAGUGUAGAAAUGCAUGAACUUCAUCCUAAUAAGGAUAAAACUUAAGGAAAACCACAAUAAACCAUGAAGGUGUACACAUCUUAUAACACAGGUAAAGUUUUGGUGUGCUACCUAUUCUUGAGAGAGUGAGUGUAUGUGUUUAAAGGAAACAAAAUGGCAGAAAUAAGUUUUUAAAAAAUCCUCAUUUUGUUAAUAUUCAAAAGAUGGACUGAGCUUCCACUUGGGUUUUAUCUUGUUUUAAUUGUUUUUGUAUCAAAACUUGAAAUUCCUCUAUUUCUAUUGGGAUAUAAAAACCUUCCCCUUCAGUGAAGAAAACAUUUAUUUUUUAUUUGAUUCCUAGGAUUUAGUAAACUCUAGCUGUCUAAAUAAUUACUUAGAAACUCCAUUUUAAAUAAUCAUUUCCUAGAAAUUCUUAAAUAUAUACAGAAUUUUAAAGAAAACAUUUCAUCUGAUUUAGUUAGCAUCCACAUAUCAUUGAGGAAUUAAAGUGUGGGACAGUCAUUAUGAAAAAAAAGAGAGAAAAGCCCUCUAUUAGACAUUCCACAAUCCAUGUUUUAAGCUUAUCCAAAGGUCCAAAUGUCAGCCAUUCUGUAUGUUCAUGUUGAUCAUUUGCGAACAAGAAAGCAGGUUUCUAGGUAUCACUUAGGAUGUGAACUGCCUCUCAACUUUAAACCCUGUUGGCUUUACUUUUUUAAGUCCACAAGUGAUGAAACUAGUUUCUCAGCUAGGCUUGUACUUUCCUCAUUAUUUCUAGUAUUUCAAAUAUUCUCAAACAAAAGAGUUACCACUUUUCUCCAUUUAUUUUCAGUUAUGGAAAUGUUCCCUCUCUUCACCACUAAGCUCCAAAGCAAAUGAAAGACGAUCACAUAUCAGGACAGUAGUAAAGGCAGCUUAUAAAUGGGACAUAAAUCAGAGAUGUGUUGGUAUUUUGAGACUCAGACUGUCCUUUUUUAAAAUAAAAAUAAAAACAUUACCAGGUUCCCAAGCCAAUCUGGCUUAACCAACAGUGCACUGAAAUAUUAGUGUUUACCUCCAAGUCUAGGGAGCCAAGGGGAGGAGGAGAAUUGGAGGAAGGGGAGAUAAUGGGAAGAGGAUGGCGCCUUCCUGAGUUGGCUAGAGGGCCAACCUUUGAUAACAGUUUGACGAAAUCAAUCUUUUUUUUUUUUUUUUUUUUUUUUUUUUUUUUUGAGACAGAGUCUCACUCUGUCACCCAGGCUGGAGUACAGUGGUGGGAUCUCGGCUCACUGCAAGCUCUGCCUCCCAGGUUCAUGCCAUUCUCCUGCCCCAGCCUCUCCUGAGUAGCUGGAACUACAGGUGCCCGCCACCACGCCCAGCUAAUUUUUUCUAUUUUUAGUCACGCCUGGCUAAUUUUUUGUAUUUUUAGUAGAGAUGGGGUUUCACCGUGUUAGCCAGGAUGGUCUCCAUCUCCUUACCUCGCAAUCCGCCCGCCUCAGCCUCCCCAAGUGUUGGCAUUACAGGCGUGAGCCACAGUGCCCGGCCUAUAGAAAUCAAUCUUUUUGACUCUUCUCACUUUUAUCUCCCCAUGCCCAAGGUUUGCCUGUUCCAUAAUACUCACUCCCUUCCCCCUUGCUAAUCAGAAGCCAUCUCCUCUCAGUAUCUGAUCUCUGCUCUUCAUACAUGAUUACAUUCAUGGGGUAGAGAGUGCUUGCUAAAUUAUGCAGCUAAUCCUAUGGUGCUUUAAUUUUCAGGCCUUCAAAAAACACUUGUACAGUGAUGUGCAGAUUUUUAAACAGUUGAACUUCCUUGUACUACAGUUUUUGUAUUGACAGCCAAAUUUGUCUUUCAUUCUUCAGAUUGUGAAUAAAGUGAUUUUUACAGGGCUUCCAGCAAAGUAUUUCCUUUCAUCUAAGGCUUGUAGAACCCUAGCUUAUAUAGCUGCUUACAUGAGAAAUGCAAAAUCUGUAUUCACCAUGACUUUAGUAACAAAGGUAAAGUUUUUUAGUAGUGCCAAGGCAAGAAGAACAAUCUUGGUGGUAGUACUAAGUUUUGUCAAUAUUGUGGUUUCCUGAUUGUAUUAUUGGCUUUCUCUCUGAGCAUUGAGGUAUACUAGAAGUAGAGCUUCUCAAACAUAAUAUCAUUACCUCAUAAGCAUUAACAAAUCAGGCCCAAAGAGCGUAAGUCCUAGAAAUUUGUUUUUAAGCAGCCCUAGUCAUGGUGCUGGUGCUACCGCCUUGUUUUAGGAGCCUGCCUCCUGUCAGUAUGAAACCCUCACCUGAAAAAUGCCAGCCUGGACACCAAACACUGAGCCCCUUCAACAGGCACAUUAUUUCCCCCUGAGAUCCAUAAGGGGAUUUAGUUUCUACUGUUGUAGAGUUCUGAAAAGAGGUAAAAUAGUAGUCCUUUGGUCAUCCUAUUUUUGCUUUCAAUUUUGAUAUUUCAGACUGUAAAAGGCCUUGGGGGAUGAUAGUACAUGUGGUAGCAGUAAUUUUUUUGAAGCAACUGCACUGACAUUCAUUUGAGUUUUCUCUCAUUAUCAGAUUCUAUUCCAAACAAGUAUUCUGUAGAUCCAAAUGGAUUACCAGUGUGCUACAGACUUCUUAUUAUAGAACAGCAUUCUAUUCUACAUCAAAAAUAGUUUGUGUAAGUUAGUUUUGGUUACCAUCUAAAAUAUUUUUAAAUGUUCUUUACAUAAAAAUUUAUGUUGUGUUUUAAUAUCCUUAGGGGCUUUAUCUAUUUUUCUAAGUCAGUUAACUGUACUUCUAAAAAAAGUAUUUUGUAUCUACUUUUGUAACUUCGUCAGAAUAAAAUAUAUUGAAAGCAAGAAA